CAGUUCCCCAUCCCCAUAUCUAAUAUCCGUGGAGACAGGAGCGGGUGCAGUUGCAGGUGCCCGGGAUUAGGCAUGGCAUUGGGGGUGCCUGGUGUAUCAGCCUCUCCUCCCAGCCCUGCGCAUCACUCUCGCUGGCUCUGCCCCCCUCCUCCAAUUGGCGCUCGGUGCGUCUGUUACUAAGGCAGUUUCUCUGCUCCGCUCCCCAGCAGUCACCGCCACCGCCGCCGACCCUGCUGCCGCAAGUGCGAAGCUUCGCAGUGCGACCAGUCCUGGCCAUUGUUGUGUGGGUGUCUGGGAUGGGCACAGCGCGACCCUGGCAUCCCUAUCCCCUGGAAUUCAGCUUCCUCAGACCGCACCCUCACUGCUCCCCCCCAGGCUGGGUGUAAUGCCUCCCAAAUAACCCCCUUACCCAUCAGCACCACCACCUGGGGGGGCAGCCUGUCCUGCCUGCAGCUCUGCACAUGUGAUGCCCAUGUAGUGCCCCCCUUCAGCCCACCGUGAUGGCACAGACUGGAGUCAAGCGACAGAAAGCUCAUGUCCUGGGAAUCUGUAUCAAAACCUGCUUUUUGCCUUUUUUCGUGGUAUCAGUGUGUGGGGAAGAGAAGACCUUCAUAGUGGAGCGCUGGUUGAAAACAUAUGGCUAUUUGCUUCCGUACGACAUCAGAAUAUCCGCCUUACAAUCAGGAAAAGCUAUGCAGUCGGCCGUCUCAGCAAUGCAGCAGUUCUACGGGAUUCCGGUGACCGGAGAGCUGGACCAAAUGACCAUUGAGUGGAUGAAGAAGCCUCGCUGUGGAGUUCCUGACCAUCCUCAUUUAAGCCAUAGAAGAAGGAAUAAGAGAUAUGCACUAACAGGACAAAAGUGGAGGCAAAAGCACAUUACUUACAGUAUUCACAACUACACCCCUAAAGUAGGAGAGCUUGACACCAGGAAAGCGAUCCGUCAGGCGUUUGACGUGUGGCAGAAGGUGACUCCUCUAACAUUUGAAGAAAUCCCCUACUCAGAGAUCAAAAAUGAAAGGAAGGAGGCAGACAUCAUGAUCUUUUUUGCUUCUGGUUUCCAUGGAGACAGUUCUCCGUUUGAUGGAGAAGGCGGAUUCCUGGCUCACGCUUACUUUCCUGGCCCGGGUAUAGGAGGAGAUACGCACUUUGACUCUGAUGAACCUUGGACUCUUGGGAACUCCAAUCAUGAUGGAAAUGAUCUAUUCCUAGUUGCGGUCCAUGAGCUUGGCCACGCCUUAGGAUUGGAACAUUCCAAUGAUCCCAGUGCAAUCAUGGCUCCUUUCUACCAGUACAUGGAAACUCGUAAUUUCAAGCUUCCCCAGGAUGAUUUACAGGGAAUCCAGAAAAUCUAUGGACCCCCUGCAGAAAACAUGGAGCCAACCAGACCUCUCCCCACUCUCCCACCACGACGGAUCCAUUCCACCUCUGAAAGGAAACAUGAAAGGCAGCCAAGGCCACCACGACCGCCUCUCGGAGAGAAGCCACCCAGUACAGGCUCCAGGCCAAAUAUAUGUGAUGGAAAUUUUAAUACCGUGGCUCUCUUUAGAGGAGAAAUGUUCGUUUUUAAGGAUCGUUGGUUUUGGCGCCUUCGUAACAACAAGGUACAGGAAGGAUACCCAAUGCAAAUUGAACAGUUCUGGAAGGGACUUCCACCUAAAAUAGAUGCAGCUUAUGAACGGUCAGAUGGCAAGUUUGUUUUUUUCAAAGGAGACAAGUACUGGGUCUUUAAGGAGGUCACAGCUGAGCCAGGUUAUCCCCACAGCCUUGUAGAGUUGGGAAGCUGCCUCCCAAGGGAAGGAAUUGACACUGCCUUGCGCUGGGAGACCUUUAGCAAAACCUACUUCUUUAAGGGAGACCGAUACUGGAGAUACAAUGAAGAAAAAAGUGCAGCAGAUCCAGGAUACCCCAAGCCAAUCACAAUAUGGAAAGGAAUUCCAGAAUCACCUCAAGGAGCUUUUGUGAGCAAAGAAGGAUUAUACACGUAUUUCUAUAAAGGAAAAGAGUAUUGGAAAUUUGAUAACCAAAGGCUAACCGUGGAGCCGGGCUACCCCCGAUCGAUUGUCAAAGACUGGAUGGGCUGUAACCAAAAAGAAGUUGACAACAGUAAAGACCGCCAACUGCCUCACGACGAUGUGGAUAUCAUGGUCACCAUCAACGACGUGCCCAGUACUGUAAACGCUAUAGCCGUGGUCAUCCCAUGUAUAUUGUCCCUGUGUAUCCUCGUCUUGGUAUAUACUAUAUUCCAAUUUAAGAACAAAGGGGUCCAACAGAACGUAACCUAUUAUAAACGUCCAGUGCAGGAGUGGGUAUGACACAACCUGGAACGUUUUUUUGGAUUCUUUUUAGUUUUAACGAGGGCUAACAGGAUGCUGGGAUCAGAAGUCCAUCGGUCAGACUUUACUGCAGAUCAGACAAAUGUCAUCAACGCAACGAUCCCAGUGUUACCAGUAAGGAGGGACACCGCACAGUUCGUAGGUGGCCUUAAACAGUGGAACUUCUUCCAUUCUUACUGCCUCAUACCAAUCUUUUUCUAGUGUGCCAUUUUUAAGGAUCACAUAGUGAGAGGGAGAUUUCAUUGCUGGAAUUUCUUCGCAAAACUGGAAGGAAUUAUCUGGCUGAGAACACAUCUCCAAACCAGCUUUCUCCACCGAAGUCAGAUAUUUCCUAUUGAACUCGUUUUUACGGACUCGACCGGAGACAUGAAACGCGUCGCGUUUCGGCUCAGAACGUUCACUGCAAUAUAUCUGAGCAAAGAACAAUGAGGCAUGGGUCCUUUUUAUCCUGAGAUAAGGCACAGAGACUAGCACAUCAGGGAACCCGAUGUUUUUAAAUGCACAAAAAUAAAAAGGAACUCACUCCAGUUUUUUUUUUUUUUCAAUCCCUGCUGGUCAGAAUUAUUACAUACAACGGUUGUUAAAUGUAGAUUAUUGAAUUUGGAAUGAACUGCUUGCCUAAAGAAAUUGUUAUGAGAGUCACCAAAUGAUGUCCGUCUUUCAGGGUUUCCAUCUCUGAGAUCAGAGAAUAAAGGAUUAAAGAAAAACAAAAAAAGUCGCAUUCACCCUUGACGAUAUCUGGUUUAUGUUGUAUUCAUGUAGAAGCAAGAAAGUGAAAUAAAAAUUCCAAAUCAAAA